GGUCAGGAGCUCGUCUCUUGAUCAAGGGUAUCCCCAGGAACAGGCUGUCACCUCAGGAGCUAAACCAGGACCACUUCCUCGGAGCCGCAGGAGGAGUCUGGGGGAAGAUAAAAGGCACGAAUCAGGUAUCCGGGCUCCAAGACCUGAUCCCACCACUGGACACCGAUACCACCAGCAGGACCCUUGACCGUUCUGAGCCUCAGUUUCCUCGUCUGUAUGAUGAAGAUCUGGAAGUGAAUAUACACCAGAAUGGCCACAUCAGGACAAACCUCCCGAGACGGCAGCUCCUGAUUCAGGGAAUUGGAAAGAUGGAUACUGCAAUGGUGAAUUUGUGGACUCUGUUUGAGCAGCUUGUGCGCCGGUUGGAGAUUAUCAAUGAAGGAAAUGAGAGCAUUGAAUUCAUCCAGGUUGUGAAGGACUUUGAGGACAUCCGAAAGAAAUGUCAAAGAACCAACCAGGAGCUGGAGAAAUUCAAAGAUCUGUUGUUGAAAGCAGAGACUGGGCGGAGCGCUCUGGACGUUAAGCUGAAGCAUGCCCGCAAUCAAGUGGAUGUGGAGAUCAAAAGGAGACAACGAGCCGAGGCAGAAUGUGCAAAGCUGGAACAACAGAUUCAGCUGAUUCGAGAUAUACUCAUGUGUGACACAUCUGGCAGUAUUCAGCUAAGCGAGGAACAAAAAUCAGCUCUGGCUUUUCUCAACCGAGGCCAAGCAUCCAGUGGCAACGCUGGGAACAAUAGACUGUCAACGAUUGAUGAAUCUGGUUCCAUUUUAUCAGAUAUCAGCUUUGACAAGACUGAUGAAUCACUGGACUGGGAUUCUUCUUUGGUGAAGAAUUUCAAAAUGAAGAAACGAGAAAAGAGGCGAUCCAGCAGUCGACAGUUCAUCGACGGCCCUCCGGGGCCUGUGAAGAAAACGUGUUCCAUCGGCUCGACAGUAGACCAGGCAAAUGAAUCAAUAGUUGCAAAAACUACAGUGACUGUUCCCAGUGAUGGUGGACCCAUUGAAGCUGUGUCUACUAUUGAGACAUUGCCAUCCUGGACCAGGAGUCGAGGGAAAUCAGGACCUUUACAGCCUGUGAACAGUGACUCUGCUCUGAACAGCAGGCCACUGGAGCCGAGAACCGAGGCAGACCAUUUGGGCACACCUCAGAGUAAUGGAGGCAUGCGCUUGCAUGACUUUGUCUCAAAGACGGUUAUUAAGCCUGAGUCUUGUGUUCCGUGUAAAAAGCGGAUCAAGUUUGGCAAGCUGUCUCUGAAGUGUCGAGACUGUCGUUUGGUCUCUCACCCAGACUGUCGCGACCGAUGCCCCCUUCCCUGCAUUUCCCCCCUUGUGGGAACUCCUGUUAAGAUUGGAGAGGGAAUGCUGGCAGAUUUUGUGUCGCAGACUUCUCCGAUGAUCCCUGCUAUUGUUGUCAGCUGUGUGAAUGAGAUCGAGCAGCGAGGCCUGACUGAGGCAGGCUUGUACAGGAUCUCAGGCUGUGACCGGACAGUAAAAGAGCUGAAGGAGAAGUUUCUUAAAGUGAAGACCGUGCCUCUGCUCAGCAAAGUGGACGACAUCCACGCCGUCUGCAGCCUCCUCAAAGACUUCCUCCGGAACCUCAAAGAGCCCCUUCUUACCUUUUGGCUUAGCAAAACCUUCAUGGAGGCAGCAGAGAUAACAGAUGAAGACAACAGCACAGCUGCCAUGUACCAGGCUGUCAGUGAGCUGCCCCAGGCCAACAGGGACACGCUAGCCUUCCUCAUGAUCCACCUGCAGAGAGUGGCUCAGAGUCCGAACACUAAGAUGGAUAUUGCCAAUCUAGCUAAAAUCUUUGGCCCUACAAUAGUUGCCCAUACUGUGCCCAAUCCAGAUCCAGUGACAAUGUUCCAGGACAUCAAACGUCAGCUCAAGGUGGUGGAGCGCCUGCUCUCUCUGCCCCUGGAGUACUGGAACCAGUUCAUGAUGGUGGACCAAGAAAACAUCGACAGCCAGCGUGGCAAUGGAAACUCUACACCACGGACACCAGACGUUAAAGUGAGCUUAUUGGGGCCUGUGACCACUCCUGAAUUCCAGCUUGUUAAGACUCCUUUAUCAAGUUCCCUGUCACAGAGAUUGUACAACCUCUCCAAGAGCACACCCAGAUUUGGGAACAAGAGCAAGUCUGCCACCAACUUAGGUCAACAGGGCAAAUUUUUCCCUGCUCCGUACCUCAAGUAAAACUGUUUGCCUAGUGUCCCGGGUCUGCUUACUGCAGGACACACAGCUGUUCGCUCUUCAGCUUCCUGUGUAAUUCCUACUUUUAGCAUCUUCCAGGCUUUAAAUAAAGUUUCGUGUGUAUGAGAGCUUGAUUGUUAUGUAGCUCCUCUCACCUGGAGACUUAGCACCUUGUACUAGCUGUUGGGAGCUUUAAAAUAGGAGAUCCUUACCAGGGCGGUAGGGGAAAUGGGUAUGGCUUGUGGCUCUUUUGGGGAGCCCUUGGGGGGGGGCGGGUAAUCCCUUUGGCUUAAAGCCAAAUACUGCUCAUGAAAUGACUUUCCUGUGUUGUCGCUUAGACAAUGACAGAAACUAUGCCUCUUAGGUAAACAGUCUCAGUGUCUCAGGACAGGCUAAAGAGUUGCACAGAGGCCAUAGGGUGGCCCCUUCUCAGAACCCAGUUCCUCUUCAGGGACUGACAGGAGGCAGGGAGCCCUCAGUGGGCUAGGGCCAGGCACUGAUAUGAGGACGCCUCACUUCCAUUUGGGUUGAGCUGAGUUGUAGAAAGUGCCACGGGCUGGGAUCCCACACAUCGGUGCAGUCUCUAGCCGGCCUCUGCUUGGAUUUUGCAGUUGAUUGGGGUCAAAGCCAGAUUGAUCUAAAGCCGAAUUCAUUCUGACGACUGACCCCUUGUUCUUUGUCUGUCUCAAGACUGUUUUCAUGGAGCAGGAGAGUUAGUCGCUUCUGUCUUUGCACUUUGAAACAGACACAUAUAUGUGAACACUGGCUUUUAGGGUUAGCAUUUUCCAGUGUUCAAAAUGGGUUCCUUUCCCUGGGAUGUUUUCAGACUCAUACUCACCCUUAUCUGUAACAUGUAUUUGGAAUAUUAUGUGGAAAAAAAAAUAAAUGUCUUUUU